UGUUCGGAUAAGUAUUUUGCCUGUAAUAUAUAAUUCAAUUAGUUAAAAUUGUAAUUAGUUGACCGGCAGACGAGAUGGCGGCCGUUUACUUCGCUUUACUCCUCAUAUUUGGUUACGCUCAGUGCGAGCCUCUACGUCAUUUAAACCAACGAGCCUUUAUUGAAGAUGUGCGUUCAGCAGGUCAAAGGAUCUCGCACGGUUGGGAAGCAGUAGACGGACAAAUCCCUCAUCAAAUCAGCCUGCGUUCUAUCGGCUUUAACGGCCAGGUCUCCUCCUGCGGGGGUGCGGUCAUCCAUCACGAGUGGGUCAUCACCGCUGCCCACUGCCUCGCCAAUCGCAAUUCGUUCGUGGUCCGCCUGGGAUUGGUCAAUGUCACCCGGCCCGAGUAUAUCGUGGAGUCGACACGCAAGUUCCUCCACCCAGAUUACGAUGAAAGGAACUUCGAAGUUCAGCCUGACGACAUCGGAUUACUCGGACUUGAGAGACCCAUUCCAUACGGAAAGAACAUCCAGCCAUGCAGGCUGCAGAAUACUGAAAUGAAAGAUUUUGACUACACUGACGUAAAACUUAUCGUCAGCGGUUAUGGAUUGACUGAAGGUGGUUCGACGUCAGAAGUGUUGCGUUGGGUGUACCAGUACGGCGUCAGCAAUGAAGUCUGCGACAGCUGGUACCCAGGCGAGAUCUCUCCUCAGAAUAUCUGCACUAUCGGAUACAAUCACACUGAUCAGUCUUCUUGUGGGGGCGACAGUGGUGGUCCUUUGACCGCGGUGGACGUCGACGGUAAGCCGACGCUGGUGGGAGUAGUCAGCUUCGGACACUACUUGGGCUGCCUUAGCGCUUACCCUUCAGGUUUCGUUCGCGCUGGGUACUACCACUCCUGGUAUGAACAGGUGACCGGUAUCUCCUUCGAUUGGAAGAACGGAGAUUUGGUGCCUGAGCAGAGCUCUCCCCAAGUAGAUGAGAGUAGAGUAAACUUUAUUGAAUAAAAAUAUUAUUGCACUUUUAA